CCUUUUGACUUUUACCCACCCCUAACUUGUCGUGUCAAAGAAACACCCUUUAACAUAGCUGAGCUCAGGCACUGCCCGCCUGCCCGCCCGCCUGCUGAUUUGCCAUAAGUUACCCGCCGAACACGAGGGAAAGAUCGGGUUGACAGACGGACAGACCGGUCCAACACCGCGAAUACCCGUUCUCCACGACAAUAAGGAGGUCACCCCGACGGGUUCAAAUAAGCCCUUGCCCUUUCCCCAUUUUUUCUUACCUUUCUCUAUCAGAUUUUAUUCCAUUCGGCCUGUGCACGGGAGCAGCGAGGAAAAAGCAAGAACCACGAGAACUACAAGUAAAGAGAAAGAAUGUCUGAAGCAACAGCACUCCGGACCGCCGGAGGAGCCUCCAGCACCGACGCCGCUGUUCCUAUCCACCCACAGCAGCAUAGCACAUCCUCACCCACCCGCAACCGCAGUGAGAAUAAGCAGAGCUUCGACUACGUUAUCCGCAGCGGUAUAGCCGGCGGUAUAGCCGGUUCCGCUGCCAAAACCCUAAUAGCCCCACUCGACCGAGUAAAGAUCCUCUUCCAAGCCUCCUCCCCUGCUUUCACGAAGUACACUAGCACCCCCUUCGGCGUGCUCCGCGCCAUCUCCACUAUCCAGAAAUCCUCUGGCUACACCGGCCUCUUCCGUGGCCACAGUGCAACCCUCCUGCGAAUCUUCCCCUACGCUGCCGUCAAGUUUGUCGCGUACGAGCAGUUCCGCGCAUAUCUGAUAAAGUCCCCAGAGCAAGAAACUGUGCUGCGGCGCCUGGCUGCCGGUGCGGCCGCCGGCACUGUCAGCGUGUUUGCCACCUACCCGCUCGAAGUCAUACGCGUGCGACUAGCAUUUGAAACGAGGGUGGAGGAGAAGAGCUCGCUGAGGGGUAUUGCUAAGAGACUUUGGCGGGAAGGGGGUGGUGGUGGUGUCAGCGGAUUUUAUCGCGGUUUCGGACCUACGGUUCUUGGUAUGCUGCCGUAUGCUGGCAUGUCAUUCCUCACUCAUGAUAUCGUGGGGGAUUGGCUGAGGCAGCGAGGAUACGUUAGUCUCUCCAAGAAGGGCGCGAAGCAGCACAGCGAGAAGAAGCAAUUGAAGGGAUGGGCCGAAUUGUGCGCUGGUGGCUUCGCAGGCAUGGUUAGCCAGACGGCGAGUUAUCCUUUCGAAGUCAUCCGCAGGAGAAUGCAAGUCGGUGGCGCCGUCGGCGAUGGCAGGGUCGUUAGCAUGCGUGAGACCACUAGGGAUAUUUGGCGUGGGGGUGGAGCUAGGGGUUUUUUUGUGGGGUUGUCGGUGUGUACUACUUUCAUCCUUUCCAAAUAGGUGGGAGUCGACUAAUAUGCGUCGGGGGAUGGGUAGAUUGGAUACGUGAAGGUUGUGCCGAUGGUUGCGACUUCCUUCUUUGUGUACGAACGGUCGAAGACGUUUCUCGGGAUUUCAUAAUCCCUUCUCCCCCCUCUUUUUUUCUUCUUUUUAGAGGUUAUAGGAUUUUUUUUUUCUCUUGUUUAUAGUAUUUCCCAUGCGGUACUGAUAACCUUCUUCUCUGCUAUCCAUAUAUAUACACACACACCUAGAUGACAUCACCGUAAAUUAUAUAUCCCUCA